CGUCAGUUGCUUUUCCUUUCCUGGAGAGCUAAUAGUCGCGGAGCUGCUCAUCAUUGUGGGACGCCCACUGCCAAUGCUGGACGACACUGUUUUAUCUUGCGUCAGCAGAAAGGACUUGUUCCAAUGGCCUGGUCAUCGGACGUGAAAAGCACGCAGGUUCACUGCUUGAUCACAGAAUAAGCCUCAUCCUGACUGGAAAAAGUUGGAAACUUGCAGAGAUUCACAGAAAUGGCAGUUAUACUAUCGGUCAACGCCGGCUCAUCCUCGGUCAAGGUCUCGGUGUACGAGGUAGCAGCAUCUGGGCAGCCUCCGAAGCCCAUCGCCGAGAUCCAAAUGAGCGGGCUGACAGCACCGCCCACAAAACUCACGUUUAAGAAGAGAAACGACAGCGACGGGAAAGACGAAAAGUUGCAGGAUGGCCAAGAGGUCAAGGACGCCGACUCGCAGAUAACUGCGUUCAAACGCAUCUUGGAUGUGUUGUUCGACUCUCGCGAACUGCCACAACUGGGACAAAGGUCAGACAUUGACUUUAUCGCGCACAGAAUCGUUCACGGCGGCGAUGCAUCACGCACCGAAAAGGUCGGGCGGAAGACCCUGGAGCGACUGGACGCGCUCAGCGAGCUCGCACCGCUCCACAACAAACCAUCGCUGGGCAUCGUCAAGGCAUGCAUGGACAUGGACGGGCUGGAAGACGCCAUCAACGUGGCCUGCUUUGACACACAGUUUCACGCCUCCAUUCCACGCCACAUCCACACGUACCCGAUCGACCAGGCACGUGCGCGAAAGAACGGACUCCGCAAGUACGGAUUUCACGGAAUCAGCUACUCGUUCAUCACGAGGGCAGCUGCGGAGCACCUAGGCAAGCCUGUCGAGGAGACGAGCCUGAUUGCGCUGCACCUGGGGUCCGGGGCGAGCGCGUGCGCGAUACAGAAGGGGAGGAGCCGCGACACGAGCAUGGGCCUCACGCCCGUGGCUGGCCUGCCCGGCGCGACGAGGAGCGGCAGCGUGGACCCGAGCCUCGUGUUCCACUACGCCAGCGAUGUGGGCAGGCUAUCGCCCAAUUCGACGCGCGACCUGCAUAUCUCACGCGCCGAAGAGAUACUCAACAAGGAAUCCGGGUGGAAAGCGCUGGCUGGCACGACGGACUUUGGGGAGAUAGCCGCCGCCGCCGAAGGGGACUCUGGUCGGGACAGCCUCGCAUUUGACCUCUUUGUCGAUCGCGUCUGCGGAUUCAUCGGGCAGUACUAUGUUAGCCUGGGCGGCGAUGUCGACGCGCUCGUCUUUGCGGGAGGCAUUGGCGAAAAGAGCGCGCUGCUGAGGAAGAAGGUGGUGGAGCAGUGUCGAUGCCUUGGAUUUCGCCUUGCCGCCGAUGGAGACGACGCUGCGAUCGUCGAUAAUGACGAGAGGAUCGUGAGCGAAGUCGGUGCGAGGGAUGCAAAGCACAGGGUCCUCGUUUGUCGGACGGACGAGCAGUUCGAGAUGGCGCGGAUGUGUGCCGAGGAUGAAGAAUUAUGGGGUGAAUCAUGAGCCUCAUCGACUCGACCGAGACGAAUGGGGUGGGUACUGGCUAAACACAUCGAUUUACUCAACGCGCAGGCAAAUGGAUCUGUUGCCCUGCGGCCAUCGGGAUCUCGCUGAUAAUCGCCGGCAAAUAUAUCUUUAUUUCCCGACAUCUCGCCAGCCAGUCUCUCUCCACAAAAGUAAAUUAACUAGCAAAGCAAAGCUGAAGGAACACGGUGGAGAGGAAGACACGAAAAGGGCAUUCUUGAGACUAGCGGCUUUAUCUUCCCAGUUUUUGGAGGAGAUAUGGGAUUGUGAAGUUGGCAUAACCCAAAGGCUUGAACGCCAUGAUCAGUAAUCCCAAAACGGCCAAUAUAAGGGGAGAAGACCCCGUUCCUCCCAAGAUUUGCUGUUCCAAUCGCCGAUUGAGGGCGUGUGAUUUGGGCAAGGCAACAUUGACUGGCGAAUAGCGUAGCAACGGACCAAGUUUUGAAUGUUGUUGAAAACCUGCCCGCGAGUCAAGAUCCCUAGCUAGUUUUGCCGUGUUGAGGUAGCCAAGAUAGCUCUGACCCUUUUUUUUUUGUUCAGCACAUGCAAGCUUCCAUCAGCCUGGGUAGAGUCCCACCCCACACAAGGUGUACUGUAAUCCUUAGCGUUUCUCCACGGCUCCCCGGCAAGGGUUUCUUCCCUCCCCUCCCUCUUUUUGUGGUAUUGGAUCCCCUUAUAUUUCAUUUGGGAAUCAGAACGAACAAAGAAUGAGGUCACAGGUUACCAAACUCUGGGUCGCCGCAAAGGUCUAGACCACUUCGGAACAAACGAGGGGUUUUUUUACUAUUGUAGUUUUUUUUAAUUCAACACUUCUCACCGAAGUAGGUGUUAUCAUAGCCUUUAUCUGGUAUAGCCUCUAUCCCUCUGUUUUUUUUUUUUAGGUUUUUUGAGACACAUGCCAACUAUCCCACCGGAAGGCCGGCCGUUACAUUCAUUGCCUUGAUACACGUUGCUCUAGUACCAAAAAGAGCGAUUCGCAAACGAGGGGGGGAUUUUAAAUUAAAAAAGAAGGGAAAAAGUAUGCAGUACCUUGCACAAGAGAGAUACCCAGAGAUGGGCUUGGAAACUAUUCAUGACACAUGCACCUAGCUGGGAAACAGGAGCCCACCCUGGAAAGUUUUUUCUGUCGCGUCCUUAUUUCCGGGCCGCGAAACAGCGCGAACUGCCCGUGGGGGUAUUGAUUUUCUUCUUGUUGCUCUUUGAUUUUCUUUUGCCUUCCUUUCUUUCUUCCUCAAGGGGCUUUAUUGAACGAGGGGCGAACCAGUGGGACUAGGGGACUAAAUGUAGAGUCAUGCCAUAAAAAAAAAAAAAAACGAGAAGCACUAAAACGAUCUGCCGGUCUCUUGCGUGGGCGCGAGUCCGUUCCUUUGCUCCCCGGUGGCCGGGGUUUGUUUACUCGACCGGAUGUGUGGG